AUUGAUAAAUGAAAAAACAGGUUGUUUAAUUUUCGAAAUAAUUAUUUUGAACAAAUUUGAUAAAGAAUCAGUAUUGCUCAAAAAAUAAAUAAUAUUGUUGCACAGAACGUUACAGCGCAAUCUCUCCAUUUACCUAAAAGUGGGAAUAAAUUAAAAUACGUGACAGUGAUAAAAAUAAACGCAAAUAUUCAUUGUUAUUAACCUGUCUUUUCUACCACGUGGGACUAUUCUCGUUAAUUUAAAUGGUUAAAAACGAGCAAAAUCACUCAAAUAAUAUGGGUGACCAAAAUCAUAAUCAUAAUGAAAUGGACAUGGAUCUUGAAGACGGUCUUUCUGCUGAAGACAUGAUUAACAAAGGAAGUGGACUUACGUACAACGACUUUAUAAUCCUUCCUGGAUAUAUUGACUUUCCCCCAUCAGAGGUGGACAUUUCAAGCCGCCUUACCAAAAAAAUUACCCUCAAAGCACCAUUUGUGUCUUCGCCAAUGGACACAGUGACUGAAGCUGACAUGGCAAUUGCAAUGGCUCUUUGUGGGGGUAUUGGAAUUAUUCAUCACAACUGCCUCCCAUCAUAUCAAGCAAAUGAAGUACACAAGGUAAAGAAAUACAAACAUGGGUUUAUUCAUGAUCCAGUGGUUCUGUGCCCUACAAACACAGUCUCAGAUGUCCUUAAAGUAAAAAAUGAGCAUGGCUUCUGUGGAAUUCCAAUUACUGAGAACGGAAAACUUGGUGGUAAAUUAGUGGGUAUUGUGACUUCGAGAGAUAUUGACUUCUUAGACGACAUUAAUUUUGAAAGUAUUAAGUUAGAACAAAUAAUGACGAAAUUAGAGAAUUUAGUGACAGCUCAGUCUGGAGUAACAUUAACAGAAGCUAAUCACAUACUAGAAAAGAGUAAAAAAGGAAAAUUACCCAUAGUGAAUACCAAUGGCAGUCUCAUAGCUCUUAUGGCGAGAACUGACUUAAAGAAGGCCAAAAGUUAUCCCAUAGCUUCAAAGGACGAAAACAAACAACUCAUCGUUGGAGCUGCUUUAGGUACUAGGGAAGAUGACAAAGCCAGGUUAGCACUUUUGGCACAAGCUGGAGUUGAUGUGGUUGUUCUAGAUUCUUCUCAAGGAAACUCAAGCUAUCAGAUAGAUAUGAUCAAGUUCAUCAAAACGACGUACCCUAACCUCCAAGUUAUUGCAGGAAAUGUUGUUACCAAGAAACAAGCUAAAAACCUUAUAGACGCUGGAGCUGAUGGUUUGCGGGUGGGUAUGGGCAGUGGAAGUAUUUGUAUAACACAAGAAGUAAUGGCUGUUGGACGACCACAAGCUACUGCAGUGUAUAAAGUUAGUCAAUAUGCCAAGCAUUUUGGAGUACCUGUUAUAGCUGAUGGUGGCAUUCAGUCUAUCGGCCACAUCACAAAGGCUCUUGCUCUUGGAGCUUCAACAGUCAUGAUGGGUUCGUUAUUGGCUGGUACUUCAGAAGCCCCUGGUGAAUACUUCUUUUCUGAUGGUGUUAGGCUAAAGAAGUACCGGGGUAUGGGAAGUUUAGAAGCUAUGGAUCGUAAAGAUGCUAUGGGAUCAGCGAUGAAUAGAUAUUUCCACAACGAAGUAGACAAACUCAAAGUAGCUCAGGGAGUUAGUGGCAGUAUUGUAGACAAAGGAUCAGUAUUGCGGUUUUUGCCUUAUUUACAGUGUGGUAUUAAACAUGGAUGUCAGGAUAUUGGAGUGCGAUCACUGAAUGAGCUUAGGGAUAGCAUGUAUACAGGCCAACUUCGGUUUGAAUUAAGAACACAUUCUGCCCAAGCAGAAGGAAAUGUGCACAGUCUGUUUUCAUACGAAAAAAGAUUGUUCUAACAAUUCCAAUGAUCUUCCAUAGGUUUCAAGCUACAUCUGUUCAACACUGACAAAUUAUACGGAGGAGAAAAAUUCCUCAUUAAAUUACUUUAUCGUGUUAAGUAUUUUAAAUUAGAAUAUGAUUAAUUCUAGUAAAUUACAAUUUUUAGGUGAAUUUCAGAGUCUGAAUCACUUUUGAAUCUGUUUUUCAAUAGUGUUCUACAUUUUUUAAAUUAGUCUUUACAUAAUCCCUUUACGUCCGGUUCCACCAACGUGAUCUAAGUAAAAUCUUACCCAAGUUUUGCUUAGUCAAAAAAAUUUCUUAGUUGUAAUUUGCGUUCCACCAUACAAGUGUUUACUAAGAAAAAACUUACGUUAUUAGAAAUACCAACUUUUCAAAAUUGUCAGAAAUUCUUAAAUUGUUGAUACGUUAUUAAUGCACAAACAACAAAAGAAGAACAUUUGUGUCAUUUUUGAUGCUGUCUUUACAUGAUACUAUAAUAUAAAGAUAUGAUACCAAAGUGUUUUAAAUUCGUUCGGUUCCGCGCAUGACGUCAUUAGGUGACUAUUAAUGGCGGCAAUUUAAAUCUAGACUGGAAUCUUACGGAUUGUUAAAUUUCUUUUUACGAGACGUAGUGAUAAAAUAAAUGAUCUUCUCGCCGGCAUCUUUGCUGCCAAACACUUCACACAGUUUUGUCUUUUGGAAACUUAAACAACUUUACAUCGUUCUUAAAACACUUUGACUGGUUGUUCACAUUACAACCUGCUUCAGCACACCUCAUUUUGCACCAGUAUUUUUAAAUCCAAAAUAAUAUUUAGAGUGAAAAAUCGUCAAAAACUGACGUCACUUGACGUUUAAUAGCUCCGCCCACAUCUGCGCAGUAUCAUAUCUUUGCUUGUAUAUAUGCUGUCUUUAAUUCAAUGUCAUUUCAAUAUUUAUUGUAAAAAUGUAAUUGGUGACCUGUCUUCUCGUAUAUUUUGAUAUUUGAUUUUGUAGCUAGUGUAAAAUAAUAGUUUAAACUAUAGUACUCACCAUAUUCUAUAUAUACACGAUAAACUAUACACUUCGGUGGAAUUUAC